CGGCGCAAGGAUGCUGGGGACGCCACAGCGCCGGAGCGCCGCGCUCCUCUCGUUCCCGGCGGUGGCGGGGGGGCUCCUGCUGCUCCUGCUGGGGGGUCGGUGGGGCGCCGUCCCGGGAGGCUGCUGGUGCUCCGGGUAUUGCUGCAUCGCCGCCGCCGCCCUCCUUGUCGUGGUCCUGCUGCUUCUCCUGUGCCGACGGCUGCCCAGUCUCGGCAGCGCCCUCCCCGCGGAUGGGAAGGCCGUGCUGAUCACUGGCUGUGACAAAGGCUUUGGCCAUGCCUUGGCCAAGCACCUGCAUGCCAAGGGAUUCACAGUCUUUGCUGGUUGUUUGCUCAAGGACCAAGGAGGAGAUGGGGCCAGAGAGCUGGAGCAGCUCGGAUCAGAGCGGAUGUGGGUCCUCCAGCUGAACGUGUGCAGUGAGGAGGAAGUGGCUUGUGCUCUCAGAUUCGUGGUGGACAGCCUGAGCAAGGGACCUGAGCAAGGUCUGUGGGGCUUGGUGAAUAACGCUGGAGUUGCCUCCUUCGGGGAUGUGGAAUUCACCAGCAUAGAAAAAUACAAACGUGUCGCUGAUGUCAACUUGUGGGGGACCAUCCGUGUCACAAAGGCUUUUCUGCCCCUGAUCCGUGGGGCGAGAGGUCGGGUUGUCAACGUGACCAGCAUGUUGGGCCGGAUGGCCAGUCCGCUGCGGUCCUCCUACUGCGUCUCCAAGUUUGGGGUAGAGGCCUUCACGGACUGCCUGAGACAGGAGAUGUACCGCUGGGGAGUCUCUGUGGUUGCUGUUGAGCCCAGCAACUUCAUCGCCGCCACGGGCAUCUUGACCAGGGAGGGUGUCCAGGCCGAGGCUCAGCAGAUGUGGAGCGGGGCCAGCGAGGCCGUCCGCGUGGAUUACGGAGAGGCCUACUUCACGCAGCAGGCCUGCCAGAUGGAGGCCUUUGUGCACAGCGGCCUGAGGGACGCCUCCCUCGUUCUCAACGACAUCACCGAAGCGCUCACCGCCCGACACCCUUGCACCCGCUACAACCCCAUGGAGGCCUACUGGUGGGUCCGGCUGCAGGCCAUGACCCACUUGCCCACAGCCUUGGCCGACUGGCUGUACGCCCACUAGCUGCAGGCAGACAGCGGUAGGGUUGGCCUCCCAGCCACCGCAAGGCCAGGGCUGACAAUCAACAGAACAGCUGCCUCUCCCAGGGAAGAAAAAGUAGUUUCCAGAGACUUCUUGGACUGGGCACAGAUUGCAACCUGCCUGGUGCCCAGUUUGACAAGAAACCCGACCCCAGCCUUGCCAUCCAGCCCUGAGAGCCCCCCCGGCUCAGAACUGGCCACAUGCCAACCUGAAUCCCCCCACUUUUAGAAGGGGAACAAGAGUGUCUCUGCCUCGCCCUCUGCAGAUGAGGUACCCAGCUUGGGAGGGGGGAUCACACUGUGCCCCCUGACCCUCCCCCCAAGGCCAUCCUAACCUCAGCACAGAGGCCACCCCAUAAGCGCCCACUGUGUCCCUCCCCACUAGACAGAGUUUCCUCAACACUCAUCCCUUAAGAACAUAAGAACAUAAGAAGAGCCUGCUGGAUCAGGCCAGUGGCCCAUCUAGUCCAGCAUCCUGUUCUCACAGUGGCCAACCAGGGGCCUGGGGGAAGCCCGCAAGCAGGACCCGAGUGCAAGAACACUCUCCCCUCCUGAGGCUUCCGGCAACUGGUUUUCAGAAGCAUGCUGCCUCUGACUAGGGUGGCAGAGCACAGCCAUCAUGGCUAGUAGCCAUUGAUAGCCCUGUCCUCCAUGAAUUUGUCUAAU